UGUUAUUUCUUAUCAAAAAUGUAUUGGUCUCCAAAUAAGUAAAAUGAAAGAGCUCAGGAUUUAAUGGGUUAGUAAUUUCGUUAAUUCUUGCAGAAUGAAAGCUAGAUAGUCUUCGGACUUUCUGUUGUAAUUGUGAAAGGAUAAAAUAAUAAUUUUUAAACAAUAUGUUAAAUUCAGAAAUGAAUUAAGUACUUUUUAGUAUCUGUCUUAUAGAAUGAUAUCAUGGGUUGUGUGUGUGGGAAACAAAAUAUUAUUUUACAAAAUAAUAAAUACUACAUUAUAGAUCAAAUAGGACAAGGAGGUUUUAGUUCAGUAUAUCUUGUUGAAGAUACCAAUAAUACCAAGUAUGUAUUAAAGUGUAUAUACUGUCAUGAUGAAAAAGACAAGGAAAAGGCUCAGAAAGAAGCUGAAAUGCAUUCAAUCUUGGAUAAUUGCUGCAAAAAUAGUUAUAUUAUCAAACUAAUUGGAUAUAAAAUGAUUGAAAAGUGUCCAAUAUUUUCCAAAACACCAAAGGAUACAUUUUUAAUGUUAUUACCUUUUUACAAGAACGGAUCCCUUCAUGAUCGUUUAAUAUUAUAUCAAAAUCAAAUUAAUUUGAAAACAAUAAUCCAACACUUCCAUAUCAUUUGUCUUGGAGUCAAAGUUUUUCAUGAUGUUUCUUAUGCACACAGAGACAUAAAACCUGCUAAUAUACUAUUUGAUCAUAAUAACAAACCAAUCAUAAUAGACUUAGGUUCAGCAGCUCCAGCCAAAGUAGUUAUAACUUCACAGAAAGAUGCUCAAGAACUUCUUGACGAUGUAAAUGAAAGGUGUUCUAUGACAUACAGAGCUCCAGAGUUAUUUAAUAUUGAUUUAGACUCGGUCAUUGAUGAAAGGAUAGAUGUUUGGUCACUAGGAUGUUUACUAUAUGCUAUGUUAUAUGGGAAGUCUCCUUAUGAUUUGGUUUAUGAACGUGGUGAUUCAGUUGCAUUAGCUGUGAUAAGUGGAAAACUGUAUUUUCCUCCUAAUUCUUAUGAAAAUUUUAAUAAAAUUAUCAAGAUGAUUUUGACUACUGACCACGUGAAAAGACCAAACAUCAAUGAUGUUUUAGAGUAUGUUACUAGUCUUGAAGAUUCUCUUAAUCAAGAUAUUGAAAGAGAUCCUUUUGUAUAGUUUUACUACUAAAAAAAUAAUAUCAAACUUUUAUACAAAA